AUAUCGAACAAUCAUGAAGAUGUCACAGGGCUCAACUAACGUGAUUGUUUGGGAGUGGAUGAAUGAAUUUGGACGGUGGAGACCAUAUGAACCCAACGUUACACAAUACAUAGAAAUUGCCUAUCAAAAUAAUUCUAAUCAAGUAAACCUGAGUGCAGCCGACAGCUCCUUAUCUUCAUACGCCAUCGAUUUUGUCACCACUUGCCAGAUACGACUUGGAACAGGAACAGCUAGGCCUAUUAGAAGAAGCACAUACCCUCCAUCGAGUCUACCAGGAAAAGGCAUUGUUUGGCAGUGGGAGGGGGAUGUUAGGGGUCAGUGGCACAUAUACGACAUGGAGGUUGGGUGCUUGAUAGAAGAUUACUAUUCACAGACUCCCCGAACUAAUAUAUUUGACCUGUCAAAAUCGGCUUUGAAACUUCCAUAUCAUAUAGAUUUUAGCAAAAUGAUUCAAAUAAGAAUUGAAACCGGACGUGUCAGAAAAGUUCGCAGAGCAACCACAAAGCUAGCUUACCCAUCAGGCAUGUCUGGAAAUGGAACGAAUUCACCACCUCAACAUUCCUCAGUUUCCACUGCGAGUACAAGUAGUAAUGGUGCUACAAGUUACUCUUCUAAAAGUCCUGCAAAAAGUUCUGGGACAAGUCCAAGUCCUGCCAAAAAAUUUAAAUCUGGACACACAAACUCUCAGGCUGCCACAGCACCAAAUCCUACUGGUGCCGGAACAUCUAACAACUUAAUUAAUUUUAAUCCUAGUGCAGUAUACACCACAGCUAGUCAAAGUUUUAAUCAUGUGACUCCUAAUUUUGGAAACACUUCAUCUAGUCAGAAUUCUAAUCAAGCAAAUAUAGCAUAUGGAAGACGGCUAACGAGGAGUUUCGUCAAUGCUAAUUCAAUGCCUCAAAACAUGGCCAAUCAAAUGCCUCAAAACAUGACCAAUCAAAAUGUUAGUCAUAUGGGACAUGGAAAUAGCAACAUAGGACAAAAUAACAAUACAUUUCCAAACUUUACACCUAAUAUGACAAUAAACCCCUCAAGUCAGUAUCAAAGUAUGCCACAAAUGGGCAUGGCUGGAAAUAUGAACAAUAACAUUGGUAACAUGCAACCAUCAAAUUUUUCAAUGGGACCAUCAAAUGCAGUGGGGCCAGCAUUUUAUGGUGGACCAGCUAUGUCAGCUCCAUAUGGAAUGUUUCCAGUGCAUCAUGGGUUACCUGGUGGAAGCAUUGUAAAUAUGGCUCGAAGUGGCCAUCCUGCAGCAUCCAGUGGCAUGACAUAUCCAUCAGGUUCCAGUAAUGCAGUAAGAUCUGGUUCACAACAUUUAGACAUACCAGAAGAAGCUAAAAUUCCUAACAUUGUUUCUAGGCAAAGUAAAAAACAAGGUAAAACAUCAGAUACAGAGAUAUUUGAACAGUUUACAGAAGUGAUACAACAGCCUCCUGCUGACGAGGACUGUUGUAUAUGUUGUGAAAAAUUGAGUCAUGCCUCAGGAUAUGGAGAGGGUCAGAUGGAAAAUCAUGUUGUUUAUCAACUCAAUAAAUGUAGUCACAUGUUCCAUAAGUUGUGUUUAAUAGCCAUGUAUGACAGUGGUUCCAAGAAUGGUAGUAUGCAGUGUCCAGCAUGUAAGACAAUUUAUGGAGAGAAACAUGGAAAUUGUCCAAAGGGUGUGAUGGAGUACUGUAUAAUGUCCCAGGCAUUACCUGGGUUCCCAGACAGUCAGACAAUCAGAAUAUUGUAUCAUAUAUCUCCCGGGGUACAGACACAGGAACACCCACAUCCAGGGAAGAGAUUUACAUGUAGGGGAUUCCCCAGAGUGUGUUUCUUACCAGAUAAUGAUGAAGGAAGAAAGAUAUUAAAGUUAUUGAUAGUAGCAUGGAAGAGGAGGUUAACAUUUACAAUUGGACAUUCUACUACAACAGGAGAGACUGAUACAGUCACAUGGAAUGAAAUACAUCACAAAACAGAGUUUGGAUCAAAUAUUUCUGGUCAUGGUUUCCCCGAUGACAAGUACUUUGAUAACGUCCUUCAAGAAUUAUCAGUUCAGGGGGUAACAGAAAAGGAUAUAUGACUUGAUUAUUCAGAGUUGUACGCAUUUGGUAUAUCAGUGAAAUCUGAUUACAUGAAAAUGAAGUCAUUUUGUUCUUUAUGUAGGUAAUACACUGAAUGAGAUCUUAGAGGAAAUAAUAUCAAAGCUCAUUGUUAACAUAAUGUAAAUGGUUGUAUUACUAUUAUAUUAAGUACCUUGACAAUAAAAAUUGUUUGAUCAUG